AUUUUUUUUUAUUAAUAUAAAUUUAUUUUUUUGAAAGUGAGCAUAAACCAAUGAUGCAGUCCUUGAAGAAGAACAUUUCGCAUCUUUCUUUGGCAAUGAAGCAGCUGUAUUAUCACCCACAGCAUCGCGGGCUUCUGGCUGUCUCGGGCCGAUCACAAGUUCCUCACAAGCGCUGCAUGGAUACAUUGUAUGGUGCAGAGUCGUGUGAGGAUUGUGCCGAAUCGUACCAAAUGCCUUCGGCGCGUCCGGACUUGAAGCCGAUGGAGCAGCCAGAUCCGUUCAAGGCAAAGGAUCCGUGCUGGCAGUCUCUGCGACGUACGGAGUACAAGUGUCGAACAGAUCCCGAGUUUUUACUGGAAUCAUUCAUUGACGCAAGAAAGAAGUGUUUAGCGGACCCAUGUGCAUGGGAUGUGCCACGUGCGGACUUAACUCACUAUAAACCAUCCGAUAAGCUCAAGCGCAAAUAUCAGCGCACUUGGAUUAAGUGUGUUGUGAAGCGACGCAAGGUUAAGAUGCAGUGCUUCUGUAAGCCAGUUAUGCACAAGCGUCGCAAGUUCAAGCCAAUGAAAAAUCCAACCGGCAGCGCAGCAACUGAAAUGUUCACCAUGGGUACCCCUGACUUGGGAUUAGCAAAGUGCUCGAAAAAGAAGAAGAAAACGCCCUGUCCUCGAGUAGGAAUGCCUUUUUGCAAGCCAGCCAGAUUCCCGCCGUCUUGCAAGGAGUCUGCUCGAAAGCCAUCCAAUUGCCGCAAGCGUUUGACAAAAUAUCCAGCGUUCUCGGAGUGUCUCAUUGAUCCCCUGCCUGACGCACCACCCAUUGAAUGCAAUUGCCUAAAGACGCCGAUGAUGUGUCAAGUAUGGGAGUAUUAUCGAAAUAGGAAAUCUUAAAAAAACCAAACGAAUUAAAUGUAUUUCAAAAAAAUA